AUGACAGGUGUUAGAGGACGAUAUCGUGCAGGACGCAGUGGUUCUAGACCUAACUUGUCUGGGUCUACUGCUGCUUCCACCUCAUCUACUGCAGCACCACAUAUUUCGGGAGAUAUUUCACCAGCCUCUCUCCCAUCAGCAUCUCCUGUUGCUACUCCUGCAGUUGCUUCUUCACCGACUCUUCCUGCAGAGUCACCAGUACAUCCAUCAUCUCACUCGACGGCCAGUCAUUUUACAUCCGACCCAUUACAUGUUAUAGAGCAAGAUGGCGAUGGGAGCAUUUUUUGUCGUACAAUAAAUAUCUCCCAUAUUAUAUCGACAAUCUUCAAGAAAUGUCUUCAUAAGGAAGGUCAUGUUUGGAAAGAAGUGCCUUCAGAGAUAAAGGGCAUGUAUUGGGAUGAAUUUGCGAAAAAUUUUCAAUGGGAUCCUGCAAUUGAUGCAUUAGUGAGAAGAGAGUGGGCACAAAAAGCAGCGAAACGAUAUAUCGACAACAUUCGUAAGUGGCAUGCCAAUGGAAAACCGAUCUUUGUGCCAGAUGAUGUUUGGGAUAGCUGGAUGCAGAAAUGGGAACAAGAUGGAGCUUUCAAGAAACGGUCUACACAAGCAUCGCUGAACCGUUUGAGUGAGACAGGUGGCCUUGGGGCUGGUCCUUCCCGUCAUACUGGGGGUUCUAUAUCUUCAGCAGAGCAUAAAAGACGAAUGACACAUGAGUUUGGGAGAGAGCCUACACUGAUUGAAUUGUUUGAACGAACUCAUUCUAAAAAAUCUGAGGAAGGACAGAUGGUGUAUGUCGACAGACGUUCUUCGAGUGUCGCUGAAAUGUAUGGACAGUUGCUAGAGCAAGCAACUCAACCAAAUGAAGGGUCUGAGGAGUCUCAGCAGCCAGAUUGCGAUCAGAUAUUCAUCCAGGCUGCUGGGGGGAAAAAUAAGAAGAAGAGGAUUUACGGCACGGGAUCUUUAUCCCAAUCAAAAUUUUCUGACGUUGGCAGCUCAUCCUCUGUCUCAUCUGGUCUUAAUGAAAACCCAGUUAUACAAGAAAUGACAGAGAAAUUAAAAGUGCAGGCGGAGCAGAUAAAUUCGCAGGCGGAGCAGAUUAAUUCGCAGGCUCAUGAGCUGAGCGAUGUUCGACGACAGAUGUUUGAGAUGCGAUUUUUGAUUGAACAACUUACUGCAUCUACUCGUGGUAUUGUUCCUUCUUCUUCUUCUUCUCAGCCACAAUCGACUCAUCAACCUGACUCACCUAAUGUUGAUGAUGAUUUAGAUGAUUAG